AUGGAAACGCGUUCUGCUGCUAACCUACAGCCCAAAAUUAUAGGCCUGGAUAUUAUAGACAUAUUUGAUCUGCCAUUCAACAGCACAGAAGGAAGGUCCUAUAUAGAGUCUUUGGACCGGGGUAGCAAGGGUGCCGAAAGUUGGCAUGUUCUUGGAACAACGGUCUACCACUGCAAGCCCUACCAAUGCGGAAGGAAUCAGCUGUCUGCAGCACUCCGCUUGAGUCUCUCGAGCAAGGGAAUUCGAGCUCUCGUCUAUAUCUCACAGGGUACCGCAGGGCCCCAGAAGGCAGUCAGUGCCGACGGCUCAUAUUCAAGCAAUCCCAGGCCUCCGCACCCGUAUAUGAAAGACGAGACUCCGAGGUACAUACAGUAUGAUAAUACACAUCUAAAUGGUCAGCAGCAGUACCCUCAGAUAACAAUAGUGCAUGACAUAGAUACCUUAGAUGUGCUCCGCCAGUUUCUCACCGAAGCCAAUAGCAUAGGAAGGCCCAGCCUCCCUAUUCCGCAGAAUCUGGCUGGCUGUCGAGUUGGGCGGAGCACUCCGUGGUACAACGUAAUGUUCCUCUGUCCGUGCGUCAAGUUUCCGCGUCCCCGGGAAAUAUUCACAGCUGCUACAAGGCGGUCCCAGCCCAAAUCGCUAUCUAACCCAGAGGAUUGUGACUAUAUCAUUUAUCCCUUGGGCGCUAUUGAGUACGCCACGCUAUAUCCAAACGACGAUGGCGUAACUCUAACGUUCUAUCACUUGGCAAGUAUUGAAAACGCUCACCAACAUAUUAAAAGCCUGCUAGACCCGAGUGGUCUAAAUAUUUAA